GGGGGUGAGGCAGUGAGUGACGGCAGCACGUGACCGCGGGGAGGGAGGAGUCGGAGAGAAUAAGAGCGCGCGGAGCGGCAGUUGGUCAGUGCUCGUCCCGACUUCAGCGGCGACACAGAGAGUCAGUCCGACACCUCCGUACAGACAGGUGAGGGCGGCUCACACUCACUCACACUCAGCAAUUCAAUGUCGCAGUCUAAAGGAACAGUUGUCCUUGCCUACAGUGGCGGAUUGGACACUUCAUGUAUUCUGGUUUGGCUGAAGGAACAAGGAUAUGAAGUCAUUGCAUAUCUGGCUAAUGUAGGACAGGAGGAGGAUUUUGAAGCUGCUCAAAAGAAGGCUCAUGCUCUGGGAGCUAAAAAGGUUUUUAUCGAAGAUUUGAGGAAGGAGUUUGUUGAGGAAUUUAUUUGGCCCGGUGUCCAAGCAAAUGCUAUUUAUGAAGACCGAUACUUGCUUGGAACAUCGCUGGCUAGACCCUGCAUUGCCAGAGGCCAAGUGAAGAUUGCAAAACAGGAAGGAGCUCAGUUUGUAUCCCAUGGAGCCACUGGCAAGGGAAAUGAUCAGAUCCGUUUUGAGUUGACUUGCUAUGCGCUGUAUCCUGAUGUUAAGAUCAUCUCCCCAUGGCGGUUACCAGAGUUUUUCAAUCGAUUCUUGGGACGCAAUGACCUGAUGGAGUAUGCAAAGAAUCAUGGAAUCCCUGUUCCUGUCACUCCCAAAAGUCCUUGGAGUAUGGAUGCUAACCUUAUGCACAUCAGCUAUGAGUCUGGGAUCCUGGAAAACCCCAAGAACCAAGCACCAGCAGGCAUGUACCAGAUGACAACAGACCCAGACAAGGCUCCCAACACUCCUGACACCUUGGAGAUUGAGUUCAAAAAUGGUGUCCCUGUCAAAGUCACCAACAUCCAUGACAAGACCACUUGUGACUCAGCCCUUGAAUUGUUCCUAUACCUCAAUAAAAUUGGGGGGAAGCAUGGGGUUGGACGUAUAGACAUAAUCGAGAAUCGCUUCAUUGGCAUGAAAUCACGCGGUAUCUACGAGACCCCAGGUGGGACGAUUCUGUUUCAUGCUCAUAUGGAUAUUGAGACCUUCACCAUGGACAAGGAAGUGAGGAAAAUCAAGCAGUCCCUGUCUCUGAAGUUCUCAGAACAACUGUACAAUGGGUUUUGGGACAGCCCAGAGUGUGAAUUUGUUCGCCACUGCAUCAACAAAUCACAGGAAUACGUGCAGGGUAAAGUGCAAUUGUCUGUCUACAAAGGAAAUGUCUACAUACUGGGUCGUGAGUCGCCCUCUUCCCUGUACAACAGAGAUCUAGUCAGCAUGAACGUCCAGGGUGAUUAUGACCCAUGUGAUGCAGGUGGAUUUAUUAAGAUCAACGCUGUGAGACUGAGGGAACACCACAGACUUCAGAGCAAGAAAGAUUGUAAAGCCUAAAGCCGUGAUGCUAAUCAUCUGACUCUCGCUGACGCAUUUUAAUUUACAAAUUAACUUCUUUAAUUUCUGUAGAGAUUAAGUGCAGAUCUCCCGGUAUUUUCAACCUUGUACUAAUUUCACUUCCAAUAAUAUGGAUUCACUUUGGGCACAAAACCCUGAGAAAACGUGUGUACCCGCCUUGUGUCCUCUUUAAAUGGUGGUGAAGCUCAAAUACUCUGACAUCGGGCUUUGAUUUGUUCUAAUCAUUUCAGCACGGGCAAAAAAAUUGUGGAUAAAUUUUGCUUUCUGACCUGUGGCUGUAAAUGUACCAUUUUUGAUCGUGCUGAUUCAAUUAAUGAUCCUUGAUCAGAAAAAACAUUUAGGCUGAAUAAUAAAAAUUCUUGCAUUUGAUAUAGUGCCUCAUUGUGUCAACAAAAUGCCCUGCAUCGCUUCACAGGGUUUAAUAUAAAGGGUAAAUGAUGUACUGUAAAGUGCAAUGACUGUAUCUACAUAAACCUUUGGACGGUUUCAUAUUGAAGAUCAGGAGAUUUCUUUGCUGAAAAAUAUCAAGAAUUUAGUUUCCCAUCAAACAAUAUAAAUUCAUUCACUGUAGCUACUUUUGAAAGCUUGAAUAACAAUGAAUCUAUACACUGUUUAAAUAAAGGGAGGUUUUCCAUAUUACGGGAAGAAUAUAAAUUACACUGGAUUUUUUUUCCUCCCUGUAUCUUGUUUCUUGACACUGAAAAAUCAAUUUGAAAUGAAUGGCUUUUGUCUGGCUCCGGCUUGUACUGUAUUGUGUUUUGUUUCGAAUUAUAUCGUCAUCACCAAAAUGUUAGCGCUUGGGAAGUGAAACAUUUUCUACCUUGUAUGGAAUGUCCAUAUCAAAUGCUCGCAGAUCAGACAGAGGUAUGUUAAUACAAGCACUAACCAUGUAAGACAGUACAUUAAAAUGCUAUUUAAAAGGCU